GUUUUCCCGCUGGUGCUGCUGGCCGAGCGCUUCGACGAGUCGCUGGUGCUGCUGCGGCACCGCCUGUGCUGGCCGCCCGACGCCGUGGACGCCUUCCCGCACAACUCGCGCGGCUCCGCGCGGAGCAUCUCCGCGGAGCAGCUGCGGCGCCUGCGGGCCUGGAACGCCCUGGACUGGGCUCUGUACUCGCACUUCAACCGCUCCUUCUGGCGCCAGGCCGAGCGCUUCGGGCUGCCGCGGCUGCGGCGCGAGGCGGCCGAGCUG